GAACGGUGGCAGCUGCGGGAGGUCUCCACCCUGGCCAAUGCAUAAUCAAAGUGAAUGGAAUUAAUGUCAGCAAAGAGACUCAUGCAAGUGUUAUUGCUCAUGUCACAGCAUGCAGGAAGUACAGGCGACCAAUGCAGCAAGAUUCUAUACAGUGGGUUUACAACAGCAUUGAAAGUGCACAGGAAGAUCUUCAGAAAACAAACACCAAGCCCUCUGGAGAGGAUGGAGGAGAUGCCUUUGACUGCAAAGUGGAAGAGGUAAUUGACAAGUUUAACACUAUGGCAAUAAUUGAUGGGAAGAAGGAUCAUGUGAGUCUCACUGUAGACAAUGUUCAUUUGGAGUAUGGAGUGGUUUACGAGUAUGACAGCACAGCUGGAAUGAAGUGCCAUGUGUUAGAAAAAAUGAUUGAGCCAAAGGGAUUUUUCAGCUUGACUGCAAAGAUUCUAGAAGCACUGGCAAAAAGUGAUGAACAUUUUGUGCAGAAUUGCAACAGCCUCAAUUCCUUAAAUGAAGUAAUCCCCACCGAGCUUCAAAGUAAAUUCAGUGUCAUUUGCAGUGAGAAAAUUGAGCAUAUCUACCGAAGAAUCUCUAGUUAUAAAAAGUUUUCAAGAGUAUUAAAAAACAGAGCUUGGCCUGCCUUCAAACAAGCGAAGUCAAAGAUUUCACCACUUCACAGCAGUGAUUUCUGUCCAACCAAUUGCCAUAUCAAUGUGAUGGAAGUGUCUUACCCUAAAACCUCAACUUCCCUUGGUAGUGCCUUUGGUGUGCAGUUAGACAGCAGAAAACAUUCUUCCCAUGAAAAAGAAAAUAAAAACACUGAUCACGGUAAACUGAAUCCCAUGAUUUAUGUCCAACAUACCAUUACUACUAUGGCUGCCCCUUCAGGACAGUCUCUUGGCCAGCAAGAGGGCCAUGGUCUGCGGUACCUCUUAAAAGAAGAAGAUUUAGAAACACAAGACGUCUAUCAAAAAUUGCUGUUCAAAUUACAAGCUGCACUGAAAGAGGUGGAAACAUGUGUCUGUCAAAUAGAUGACCUUCUUUCUUCAAUAACAUAUUCUCCCAAAUCAGAACGUAAAACGCCUGAGCCUUUAAUACCGGCAGACAGUGACAAUGAAAAGGGGGAAAGGAAUGGGAAGAAAGUCUGUUUCAGUGUGACAGGUGAUGAACAAGAAGAUUCUGGUCAUGAUACUGUCAGCAACAGGGAUUCUUACAGCGAUUGCAACAGCAAUAGGAACUCCAUUGCCUCAUUCACCAGCAUUUGUAGCAGUCAGUGCAGUUCUUAUUUUCACAGUGAUGAAAUGGAUUCAGGCGAUGAGCUUCCCAUAAGUGUUCGAAUCUCCCAUGAUAAACAGGACAAGCUCCAUAGCUGCUUGGAGCAUCUUUUUGGUCAAGUCGAUUCAAUUGUCAGUCUUCUGAAAGGACCAGCUGUGAUGAGGGCCUUUGAGCAGACAAAAUACUUCACACCAGGACGAGGCCUCCAAGAAUUUCAGCAGAAAAUGGAACCGAAGCUUAACUGUCCAAAGAGGCUACGACUCCAUAUCAAGCAAGACCCUUGGAAUCUCCCCAGCAGCGUCCGGAGUCUUGCCCAGAAUAUCAGAAAAUUCGUUGAAGAGGUGAAGGCACGAAUACUCUUGGCACUGCUUGAGUAUACAGAUAGCGAGAUACAACUAAGGCGAGACAUGGUCUUCUGUCAGAGCCUAGUGGCCACAGUCUGCGCUUUUUCAGAGCAACUGAUGGUGGCCUUAAAUCAGAUGUUUGACAACAACAAAGAGUAUGAAAUGGAGACGCCGGAGGCCAGCAGGAGGUGGUUGGAACAGAUAGCCAGUGCGGGUCUUCUCCUUCAUUUCCAGUCCCUGCUCUCACCGAACCUGGCUGAUGAGCAAGCCAUGCUAGAAGAUACAUUGGUUGCACUGUUUGACUUGGAAAAAGUUACUUUUUACUUCAGGCAAUCGGAGCCAGAACCACUAGUUGCAAAUGUACCAAUCACAUACCAAGCAGAAGGAAGCCGGCAAACGCUGAAGGUUUACUUCUACCUUGACAGUUACCAUUUUGAACAGCUUCCUCAAAGGCUGAAGAAUGGAGGCGGAUUUAAAAUCCAUCCAGUACUUUUUUCACAAGCACUGGAGAGCAUGGAAGGAUAUUACUACAGAGACAGUGUCUCAGUAGAAGAAUUUCAAGCUCAGGUUAAUGCAGCCUCACUAGAAAAAGUCAAGCAGUAUAACCAGAAACUACGGGCAUUCUACCUGGACAAGUCAAACUUGCCUCCAAAUUCAACAUCUAAAGCGGCUUAUAUAGAUAAGCUGAUGAGGCCUCUCAAUUGCUUGGAUGAACUUUACCGACUCAUAGGGUCCUUCAUCCGAUCCAAGCGCACUGCUGCCUGUGCAUACACUGCGUGCAGUGCUUCCGGAGUUGGAUUGCUUUCAGUGUCAUCUGAACUCUGUAGCAGGCUUGGAGCUUGUCACAUCAUUAUGUGCAACAGCGGAGUUCACCG